CUCGUGUUAUAGCGGACUGAAUCGCACCUGUAUUUCCGGGCGUUUAUCCAACGGUUCAGCAGCAGCGCGUGCAGGUGUGGCAGCGAUGUCAACCCGGAAGUGAGUUGUUGUCAACAUUGCGGGACGCGGCAGCCGUUGAGUCUUUCGCUCCUCUGUCAGAAACGAUGCCUGGAAGCUGCAGCCCUCAAAGAUUUGGCUACACGGUCGUGAAGUUCAUCUUGUUCUCCUACGCCUGCGUGUUUUGGCUUAUAGGCACAUUUAUCCUGGCCAUUGGCAUCUAUGCAGAGGUGGAGCGACUGCGUUUUAAGACCCUGGAUGGUUUGUUUUUGGCCCCGUCUAUAAUCCUCAUCCUGUUGGGAAUUGUGAUGUUCAUCGUUUCCUUCAUUGGAGUUUUGGGCUCACUGAGGGAUAACCUGAAGCUUCUGAAUGUGUUCAUGUUCACCUUGCUAGUUUGCCUGAUCCUGGAGCUGCUGGGAGGAAUAUUGGGAUUGGCGUUUCGCAAACAGACUCUUGACUUGGUGAACAAAAACAUCAGUAACGGCAUAAAAAACUACUACGAUGACCUCGACUUCAAAAACAUCUUGGACUUCGUCCAGAAGAGGUUUCAGUGUUGCGGCGGUAAAGAUUUUCAAGACUGGCAAGUCAACAUAUACCACAAAUGUCCUGGACGUGGACCGCUGGCCUGUGGAGUCCCAUAUACCUGCUGUAUAACCCAGCCUAAUGUAGUGGUCAACACUCUGUGUGGGCACGACGUCUUGAAUAAAACGCGGCCAGAUGCGAUGAAGGAUAUCUACGCGAGAGGCUGCACAUUUGCGUUCAUGCACUGGAUGGAGGACAACUAUACAAAGAUGGCUAUACUGUUGUUGGUUAUCCUCCUGCCUCAGUUUUUUGGGGUGCUCGUUACCUGGCUGUACAGGAAUCAGGUCUUAGAAACGCAGCGUGAGUGGGACCAGCAGCCUGACGAAGUGAAGGAGCAGCUGACUUACAAUUCAAAUGUUAAGCGGGGCCGGAUUUCCAAAUGGUAUAAGUGUAUGCCAAAUAAGUAAACACAAACAGUGACUCCAGCUGAUUGACUGCGUGGUCAGUAAACCAAAUAGAUUCAGCUCUUUCUUUUUUUCUUCCCCUUUCCUAAACUGUUGUUUGUGUCUCCAUUUUGUCUCAUGUAUAAACAUAGAAACCAAAGACUUUAUAUACAUCUGUCAGGAGUUUUGUUGAUGACGCCUUCAAAUGUUUGUGUGUUUUCUCCUCAUCCAGGGUUAAAUCCUUUGGUAAUUGUUUGCUGCCCAGUUUUGUAAAGCCUGUUGAGAUUUAAGACAUUGUUACUGAACUUUAAUAUCCUAAAUUUCAAUUUAGUUCAAGGUUAGUUUGUAACAUUUGCAAAAUGCAGUAUUGAUGUUGGUUUGGAGUUCAUCAAGUUUAUCCAUUUUAAUCAUUAUAAACAUAAAUGCAUGUUUUACUAGUAGAGGCAUGGUUACUGCUAUAUCAAAUAGUAAUCUCAGGGUCAAUAGCAGGUUUUCAUGUGACAACAGCAGCAGACAGAUUUUAGCUCCAAAUACAAAAUGAGAUUCUUCAGCCUCAUGUGCUUUAAGUAUUUACAAUCUCUCUAUUAUGCAGUGCAAACUAAUUAUAAAGUUGACUGAGCUGAAGAUGCAGGCCAACAAAAUUUUUCCAUCAAAGCAACAUUAGCAUAACAAAUUAUAUUUUUUGCCAGUUUAGAUGAGGUUUCCUUCCGGCAUAUGUUUACAAUUAUCGCCAAAAAUGUUCAUAAAGCCUUAAAAUAAAUUCAUCCUUUGUUGCAGUAGAGUAAUAUUACUCCUAUAAAUUAGAAAAAUACAACCUUUAAUUUAAAUACAUCUGUUCAGACGUAGAUAAAUUAAAUUAGGAUAUAUGUAUUUUGAGAAAAAUAGCAGUUUUACAGUUGUUGAUGCUCCUAGUAAUAUUUUGAGCCCCAUUCUUGGCUAUAAAACAAAGCUUAGUCUUAAUGUUUUAGUCUUUAUAAAAUCUCUCCAGAGUUUUCUCAUGUUCUCCGCUCUGUAGAUUUAAGUCUGAGGGAACUGAGAUGGAGCUAAUGAAAAGUUGAUUUUGCAUCAUUUUUCUGCUUAAAGAUCCUGUGACGACGUGUUUUCAGGUCCAACAGGUUUUGAUUUCAAAGGUGCCAAAGAACCAUAAUCUUACUGUCAUCUGACUAAAAGCAAAUAAUUUAAGUUUAGCGAACUCAACAUGUUUGUUUUUUUCAUUUUAACAGACAGAAAAGGAGUCUUUUGUAAUCAGUCAAACUCCAAAUUACUAGCUCUGUGAAAAUUGUUUUAAAAACUUGAUGACCCCAAAAUGGUGCUACUUGCUGCAUUUUUCUAAUGAUGAGUUUCAGAGGGAGUUGGUUGUUUUAUUUAGUUUCUUUUCACUUCUUUGACCCACUUAAUUGUUAUGCAUGUUUACAAGUGGCUUGAUGAAAUCAGCUUCUGUGUUACACUGUAUUGAUUCCCCAGGGAAACGGGAAAUGUUGGCUUUCUGAUUGGAAGUUCAGACGAUCUAAAAUUAACAAUUAUCUUAAUAGAUGCACCCUGUAAUAAAUGUGUUCAAAUUAAACGUUUUAUUUUUUCAAAAUGGUUGUUUGACAGGUUAUUCUACAGUUUUGAACAUUUUUACCUGAGGUGCCAAUAAAUUAUUCCACACCUGCAAUUAUUUGUGCUUGUAACAUUUGAAUGUCUGUUCUUGAGUUUUCUGAAAUAAGCGAAUUUCUUCACCUUGAAAUCGAUCGCAUUUGAUUUGAAGUUCUUUUUGCGAUGCUUGAUUAAGAUUCAUAUUUUUAAGGUGUGCUUGUUAAAAGGGCUUUGGUUUGGUGGUAAUUUAAAGACGAAGGGAUGGAAAGGGAAUUAAUUUGAUUAAAAAUAAAUCUUUUAAGUUUUUUGUCUGAUUUUGCACUACAUUAAUAUUCAUAUGUACUGUAUAUCUGUAUUAGGUGGUUUAAUUAACACAAUCCUAGUGUGAAGUAAAUUUGGGUUAUAUCUUUUUUUUUUCCUCAUGGUGCAACUAACAAGACAUGAGGGGUUAUUUUUCUACACCUGUGAACUUUUAAGCUGAAAAUGUUGUUUGUUUUAAAUUUGUAUUGCCUUUUUUCUACUAAAACAAUAAAGCUACAUGUAUUUUCCACAUAAA